GCACGACGCUUGCUUUCGCCGUCCUCCUCAUCGUACCAUUCCCCCAUCUUGAGCCGCACCCCGACUGCCGGAUCACCGGGAACGUCCGCUCCCUUGGCGCCGCCCUCCUGCGAAUCUGGAAGUCUGAGAAAGGGCUAGGAAGGUCGAGCCUCAUCUCUCCCAUCGCGAGAAGAGAACGAAGACAGGGAGUAGAAGAAGAGGAAGAGGACGGUGCUGUGCGUGCAUAUAUGGUGAAGGAAGGAGGCGAGGAGGGAGUGCUGGGGAAGUAUGAGCUGGGGAGGACGCUGGGCGAGGGGAACUUCGGGAAGGUGAAGUACGCGAGGAACGUCGUCACCGGGCAGGCCUUCGCCGUCAAGAUCCUCGACCGCAAGCGCAUCCAGUCCCUCAAGAUCGACGACCAGAUCAAGAGGGAGAUUGGCACGCUGAAGCUGCUGAAGCAUCCCAACGUGGUCCGUCUACAUGAGGUAUCGGCCAGCAAAACCAAGAUUUAUAUGGUCCUUGAAUACGUCAACGGCGGCGAAUUGUUCGACAAAAUCUCAUUGAAGGGUAAGCUUUCAGAAAAGGAAGGAAGGAGGCUUUUCCAGCAGUUGAUAGAUGCUGUCAGCUAUUGUCACGAUAAGGGUGUUUACCACAGAGAUCUCAAGCCAGAGAAUGUGUUGGUUGAUGCAAAAGGAAACAUAAAGGUAUCCGAUUUCGGCCUCAGUGCACUGCCUCAACAUCUUGGGAAUGAUGGAUUGCUGCACACAACAUGUGGGAGCCCAAAUUACAUUGCCCCUGAGAUCCUCUCGAACCGAGGUUACGACGGUGCGAGGUCCGAUAUCUGGUCUUGUGGUGUCAUCCUCUAUGUCAUCCUCACCGGCUAUCUUCCUUUCGACGACAGAAACCUCGCUGUUCUAUAUCAGAAGAUCGUCAGGGGCGACACCAAGAUCCCCAGGUGGCUCUCCCCGGGCGCUCAGAACAUCCUGAGGAGGAUUCUUGAUCCAAAUCCUGUAACUCGGAUGAAUGUGGCUGGGAUCAAAGCAGACGACUGGUUCAAAGAGGACUACGCCCCGGUGUUCCCGAAAGAUGACGACGACGACAGUUAUGGUGACUCCUUUCCUGUUAAAGAGCAAAAUGUGUCCGGCGAGAAUGGAGCUUCACCUACACAUAUCAAUGCGUUCCAGCUGAUAGGAAUGUCUUCAUCGCUCGAUCUUUCUGGCUUCUUCGAGAAAGAGGAUGUGUCCGAAAGGAAAAUAAGGUUCACAUCAGAUCACUCACCAAAAGAGUUGUUGGAGAAGAUUGUGGACAUCGUCACAGAGAUGGGGCUUCAGGUUCAGAAGGGGCAUGGCAAGCUGAAAGUAACGCAGAAGCAGGAUCGGAGGAGCACGAAGAGCGCUGCGUCACUGUCUCUGGCUACAGAGGUGUUCGAGCUCACUCCGUCUGUGUGUGUUGUGGAGCUGAGGAAGUCACAGGGUGAUUCGUCGUUGUACAGGAAGGUGUGUGCGAGGCUAUCGGAGGAUUUGGGGGCGAGCAAGGGAGAACAGCUUCUGGGGACGAAGAAGAGCUUGACGCCAGAGGCGAGCAGCUACACGUGACGCGCCUUUUUGUAGCAUCAGGCGCACGAGAUAGACGUGCUCGGAAUAUGCCCAAUUGUACAUAAACGAGCGACGUCGGAAGAUGGUGGCGAUUAGUGAUUCCACACGGGCAGCUUCCCGUUUUCCUUGGCCGCGCGCGCCUCUUGCAGUGAACGAAGGAAAGAAAUAUGGGAGUUGAGAGUCACCGGACGACGACCGGAGGUAUUGGUAUUUUCAUUUUACUGAUAAGAAAACUGAGAAGCAAAGAUCAUCACCAUCAUCGAUUGCUAGUUUAUGCUGCUGCGCAUGGGUGAUAAGGCUAUCUAUCCUAAGUUUUGUACGCAUAUCGAAUAAAUAGAUUACGUUUUGGCAA